AUAUUAUUGUCAUCGAAUGCUCAUUUGGAAAAACUGUGACUGGAGAUGUAAAGACGUUAGGUAAAUGUAGGAUGCCAUACAAGACCUUGCUGCAUAAAGCUCAUCAAAAAUGGGGUGCGACCGAAAUGUCUCUACUUGUUGAAGGACUUUAUAAG